AAGCAGUGCUGCCAACAUAGCCCUUUUUAAAAUUAUAAAUGGCGAAUUACAAAAUUUUCUAACAAAAGCGAAUUGAAUAAAGUGUGUUUAUACUGGUUAGAAUUACAAUACAAAUAUGGAAAUUACUCGCACCACCCUUGGGAUUGCAGUGGGAAUCGCUGGAACUUUGUUCCUGGGAUACUGUGUGUACUUUGAUCAACAACGAAGAAGGGAUCCUAUGUUCAAAAAGAAGCUCAGAGAACGCAGACAGAAUGCUGCUAAGAAUGCCUCACGGUCCCGAACGUUGGGAGGACCAUUGCCGGAUAUGAGUGAUCACGAAGCUAUGCAGAGAUUCUUCCUGCAACAGAUCCAGCUGGGCGAGGAGCUUCUGGCAGCAGGAGACCUCGAGGCCGGAGUUGAGCACCUCGGGCAGGCGGUGGCCGUGUGCGGGCAGACACAGCAGCUGCUUAGCGUGCUUCAACAAACAAUGCCGGCGCCGAUCUUCCACCUUCUGCUGAAGAAGCUGCCUGAAGUGUCCGAGCGACUCCGCGCUUCUAUGAAGGCCGCUGGCGGCAACGUGCUCCAGGAGGAAGACGUGGAAUAAACCACACCCGGACACAGAAGGGAAGACUAUUCAGUAAUAAACACACGCUCUUAUUAUUCGAAUAAUCUCUCAACGUCUGUGCCCCGCUGGGUUUCUCAGUAGUUGAUUUCACUAUCAAAUCAAUCGGUCGAUGAGUAAGUUGCUAACUAUUUAAUUAGGUAUCUAAUUUCAGUAGUUCUUCCACUUGCGUAUUCUCCGGUCGAUACUCGUAAAGUUUCAUGAUAGUGAGGAUUUAAAUUUUAAAAUUUAGUCUUAGAUUCUAACUUCUGUUACUUGCUUAUUUAUUAUCAUGCUCAACUUUUUUGCACUUUCUGUCGUAUUUUAAUAAAUUGUUGAAUAGCAUUGGCUGUGAUAAUGCUUGAUUAAUGUAAAAAAACAUCACCCAACACAAUCCUUGCGAGUGAAAUGAGAACGCGAGUUAAAUAAUACAGUAGGUAUUUGUUAGUGUUAUUUUUAGGUUUUGUUUUGUGUUCACAACUGGUUAAGAAUGCUUGUGAGUUUUGAUUGAGAUUUAUUGUGAAAUAAAGAUAUUGUACAAAU